UUUGGUGCAACCCGUGUGUGAAGAUCGGAUCCUCUAGGUCGUGUGUGAAAACGUAGAAGCUUUUGUUUGAAACCGCCCUGCUCUUCCCGGUUCUGUUUUAUGCUCUCUUACUCUCGCCCCCAAGUGCAUUAUUAAUUGUGUGUAUGCGUGCAUAUGAAUUACCGCUUCAUUCGUGAUUGAACCGCAUUUGAAUAGCUCAAGCUUAAUCCCGAUCCUGCCGGGAUAGUGUGUAGUGUGUAGUGAGUUGAUUUAACGGUAUCCCAGACCUGUAACCGCUUCUUGUGAAUCGAUGAUCCGUGCGUGAGGGAGGAAAUCGUGAAAGAUUUUCUUUUCGCACUUGCUCCUCAAAUCAAUCUCCUUCUGUGCGCGCGGCGAUCUCACGCGUCCCAUCUUCGCCGAUCCGUUUACACAAUUUUUCGCGAUUAUUUUUGGACUCUAACGUCAUCGACGGGCGUCCCGUGAAACGCGAAAGUUGUUCGCGGCUGGGUCCGCGGGAAAAAGUCGGCUGACUGCGGGUGUGUUUCAGUUUUCCCGCCGUGGGAUGGAUCAGUGAGGAGAAUCGGAGAGGAUUAGCGUCAAUUCGUGUGUGCUUGGUUCCGCAGUGUGGGUGCAUUGGUUUCGGUGAUCGACGUUCCGGAGGAAGAUCGAACUUCCGAGUUCGUGCGUGAGCGAAGAAAUUUCUGCUCUGGAGCUGCAGCGUGUGAGCAAAUCAGUGUGUGAAAAUUCCUACCACGGUGAAGAAGGUUUAAGCGAGUACAGCGUGAAAAUUUUGUGCAUACAGUGUUGAGUGCGCGGUGAAGCGAAUCAUGGAGUCCACCGAAAACAAUGGAUCGUCCUCGCUGGAAGAACUCCAGCGUCAGCUGAAUGAAGAUCUCGCCCAAGUGGUUGCACCAUCGCCUCCGGCUUCGACCCUUGUGGCGACCACUAUCAGUACCGUCGUGCUCCAGGGAGGUCCCUUGCAGUUGGUAAUUGCCCUGCUCAAGAGCGGCGAAAGAUUGUACAUCAAGGUUGCGGAUCUGCUGCCCAAGUUCACAUUUCUAGGACCAAGCCUGGAUGAGGCGUUGAAUCUGCAACGGGAGCACGAGGAGCUACUGCGACAGAUACAGAAUCUACCAACGCCACUGGAGGAAUUUUACCACAAGGUGCAGGAGAAGAUUGCAUGCAAUGAAAGAACCAACCCAGUAUUGAUCGAGGAGAUGGCUGCUUCGCUAAGCGCCGUUUGGCAGGACGUGAAAAAACUGCUCCAGGAACGGAGGGACAUUGUAAUUUUAAACGUCAGCUUCUUCGAGCGGCUCGGCGAAUGCUAUGGAAAGAUGAGUUCCCUUGAAGUGGCAUGUAACGACACAAUGAUCCCGAUCGAAAUCGAAGCUGUCCGAGAAUUUCUGGAGUCGUUCAAAAAUCUCCGCACCGAAAUGCUGACCACAAUUGCGAGUGCGUUAAAAGUGGGCAACCAACUGUUGGAUAGACUGAAAGAACUGGCGAACAUUGGAACGCUGGAUUCACGGCCCAAUCAUAUUAAGCAGGACGCUAUCCUGGCUGUCAGUCAGGUUGAACAAUGGCUCGAGGAUCUCUCCAACCGACGAAACAACCUCGAACAAGCCUGGCAAUCUCGCAAGAACCAGCUAGAGCAGUGUCUCACACUUGCAAUCCUCGCCAAGGAACUAGCCGAAAUCGAGUACAGUUUGGAGAGCUCCAAAAACUCGAACCUCAGUUCCUUCACGCUGGGUGAAUCCUCUGAACAGGCGUGUGAUCUGUUGCAGAACUACCAGAGUCUCAAACCAGAUGCGAUCCUUCUGCGGGAUAAAUCGUUGAAGAUCACGAAAGCUACCGAGGAGCUCGUUGCGACCGGCUGCUUCGCUGGAGACGAAGCGUGCUCCAAGGCGUACAGUGUCCUCUCGGCGUGCACCGAUUUCGUUGAGGAAAUCGAUCACCGCGAAUCGCUUCUAUCCCAAUCGCGAGAAUUCUUUGGUCGGGCCGAAAACCUGCUGACCAAGUUAUCCCAAAUCGAAAUUGAACUCAGCAAUUUACAGCUCCGACCGGGUUCUCCGUCUCCGCUGCUAAUGCAGGGUAGGGUCCUGCAGGAGGUCACCACCACCAUUGGCGAGAUUCUAGAAUCGGGCUACUCACUGAUCGAUGAAGUUGGACGUACUAAGCCAGAGGUGGCCGGUGUUCAAGCGAUGGUGGAUAAAAUCGAGAAGAAAAAAAUUGCCUUCGAACGGUACUGCUUGCAGCAGACUGAACAGAACCUGAGAUUGACCGAAGCGUUGAAUGAGUUCUUGGAGAACUACAAUCAGCUGUACCAAUGGCUCGAGGAGGCGAGAAGGGAGAGAAUAGACCAGGGAACAGAUAUCCAUUGGAUGGGGGAAAGCUUGGGCGAGGCAAAGGAAUGUUUGUUGUUGCAUCAUCAGCUCCUGAAUGACCUGGAGAUCAAAGGAAACGCGAUAAACAACCUCCUCGUUCGGUUGACCCCUUGUCUGGAGUAUCUGGAGGACGGUCAGGCGGACGACGUCCAGCAGAAAACCGACGUCAUUCGACAGAAGUGGACCGAGCUGAAGAAUUAUGUGAUUGUGCGCGUCGACCUGCUGAAGCUUUACAUCCGCUUCCACCAGGAAGCGGAAACACUCCGCAAUCUGUUCGAAUCGUUCGAUAUCCAGAAAGCGACCUUCAGCAGUGUGGAACACGACAAACCCCUGCUGCAGGCAGCAUUGGACAAUAUUCGACAGCAACUCGGUCAGAUUAAGCUGAUCGGGGAACAGUGUAUCGAUAAUCUGGAGAAGGUUGCGGAUCCAUAUCUGCAAAAAGCUCGCGCAGCGCAGUGCGUCGAUCGGACACUGGUUGAGCUGAACGCACGUCAGUUGGCCAUCAGCGAUGAAUGGGAGCGCUGGAAUGCCCAGCAGCACACCGAAAAGAUACUGAACGAGAUAAUGGCCGCCAACAUGGAGACCCUCGCCGAGGCAACGAAACUCGAGGAUCAACUGUAUCCGAUCUUCAACACGGCCUCCGACAAUCCGGCCGAUUUGAGCGCAUUCAUCGCGGCCAAGCUGAACCAGAUCCAAGCUGAUAUCCGGGCGGCGGAGAACGAACUCACGAAACGGUUCGAAACGAUCGAUCAGCUGUGGUCUACCACCGCGACCGAAUCCAGUGACGACAAAGUGAUUCAAGUGAAGAACAGUUUGAACUCGAUCAAAACCAAGUUGCACACAAUCGCGGCCGACUUUCGGGAACUCGCGUCCGUUGUAGAUCACUUCCUGCGAUCGGUGUUGAUCUGUCGUGACAACAUUAAGGACUAUUUCGCGCGCAAGCAGACCAUCACCGGGCCAGACAGCGUCGAGUCGAUCACCAAUAGCUAUGAGCAGUUCAAGCAGAACACGAUGGAGUACUUUCGCAAUUUGUUGCAGCAGAGUGAGCAAAUCAUCGAGCGCAUCAAAACCCAAGAGCCCCCGGGGGCAAAGGAACAGGACACGGAUAAGAUCAUUACGUUGUUGGAGAAUCUGCGGACGUACUUCGAGACGCAGACCGAGUCGGAGAACUCGGAGCUUAGGAAGCAGCACGCGGUGAUUGCGUUCGAUAAGAGUUUGGGUGAAGUGCGGGGUGAAAUCCGGGACAAAGUGGAACAAGUGAAUCGGGGUCGUGGGUGUUACGGGGAGAAUGCUGACGGGGCAAGGGCUACGAUAGCGGUGUACGAUGAGUUCGAGAAGAGUUUGCAGGGAUUAGAAUCGAAAAUUGAGGCUUUCAUCAGUACGUCACAAGAUUUGAGCAGGCAAUUCCCGGAAACCGCGCAAUAUGUGCACACGGAGGCCACCAAAAUACGUAACGAGUGGGCGGAACUGUUCAACAAGACACAGGAGUAUCGCAAGUUGACAAUUGUGGCGAUUGAGUACUUCGAACUGAUUGCUAUGGUGGAGAAUAACUACCGGAAUAUGAACGCAGAUCUGAUCAACGCUAACAACAAACUAUCGAUACUGAACCACCCAGAUCUUGCGAACGAUCUUGUACAGCAGGUUGACAGCAUAUUGCGAGUUUAUGAAACACAGCAACUCGAUACACUCAAGAAAAUCUCUGUACUGUCGACGCAGUUGUACGGACACGACAAUACUGUCCCGCUGUACAAUGAUAAUAUGAAACUGUUCCAAUCGUUUUACAAAAUUAAGAACGACAUCGGUAGUCGUGCCAAAGAGCUCGCCGAACAACAGCAGCAGCAACAUCAACGAUUACAACAAGAACAAAAACAAAAACAGCAACAAGAAUCUCAACAUAGCGAAAUUAUCACCACAACCACAACCACCACUCACUAUACUUUGCCGCAGCAGCAAUCCUUCGAGAUUCAAACCAUCGACGAAGAGCAAUACCUCCAGGAGCCACAGGCUCCCCUGGUGAUCCAAACAGUGGAGGAAGCCCACCACGAAAAAAUUCACGAGAUCGUCACCGCUGCCGAACCUCCACCACCAUCACUGGCGGUCACUCAGCCACUGGCAGAUGUUUCGGUCCAGGAAGGCCAACGCGCCCACUUGCAGUGCGCAGUCGUUGGUCAUCCUCAGCCUACCAUCGAGUGGUUCAAAGAUGGCAUUAGCAUCCAGAACAACCCUGAUUACAAAACUGCCUUCGAAAACGGUCUCUGCACGCUGUCGAUCGACGAAACAGUGACAGCCGAUUCGGCCGAGUAUUUGUGCCGAGCAAUUAACGACGCUGGAAUCGCCGAUUCUUCGGCCCGACUGAUGGUCACCGAGAUGGCUCCACCAACGCCACAACCCGAGGGAGUGCCACCAGUUUUCACGCAAAAACUCGAAAAUAGCACUGCCACCGAGGGUCAACCGUUCCAGUACACGUGCACGGUUACAGGUAAACCUCAACCCAUCACCGUCCAUUGGUACAAAAACGACACUUGCAUAGACACCUCACCAGACUACAAGAUCUCGUUCCAAGCGGACAGCGGUGAGGCGGUGCUUCGCUUCGAGCAGGUAUUUCUCGAAGAUCAAGCUCGCUACACCUGCCGGGCGGGCAACGAAUGUGGUUCGGAUGAAACCGCGGCCGAUCUGGCCGUCGAACCUUUGGAACCAACGGAGUAUCCCAGCUUCCGGGUGCCCCUGUCCAACGUGAUGGCCCGAGUUGGCCAGAAAAUCAAACUAGAGGCCGAGGUGGUUGGAACCCCGCCACCAGAGGUUAUGUGGACCCACGAUGACAAGCAUUUCAGCAACCGGGAAGUGAAGUUCUUCUACGAAAACGGCAGAGCGCAAUUGGUUAUAGACGAAGCAUUCCUGAAGGAUGCUGGUGUCUACACGCUAACUGCCAAGAAUAUCGCCGGUGAAAAGUCCUGCUCGUGUAAUGUUGUUGUAAAAGGUCGUCUACCAAACGAAACGUCCGAUUCUGAAUUAGCCAGUGAUAUGGAACCAGUGAAGCCGUCCGUCCAGCUCCAGCUCAAGGACGUCUCGGUGUUCGAGGGCAAACCGGUGCGCCUGGAUUGUGUAAUCGUCGGCCAACCGGAACCGGAGGUGAUCUGGUACCACAGCGAGCGACCCGUCAAGGAGUCCACCGAUUUUCAGCUACUCUUCCAAGGUGAUCACUGCUCGCUGGUGAUACGGGAGGCAUUUUUAGAAGAUGCUGGCGAGUAUCGUGUCGUCGCUAUUAAUAGCGCUGGUGAAGCUUCGAGCAAGUGUAAUCUAAUUGUGACACCACUGAACACUGCGGAACCAGCCGUACGUCAGCCGGCCGAGCGUGUCCUGCCACUGCUCGGGGGUGCUCCACCCAAGUUCGAGCGGCUGCUAAGUGACAUCCUUGCGGCCGAGGGGGAAAAGUGCCAGUUCGAGUGCGCCGUCAGUGGCGAUCCUCGGCCCAGUGUCAGGUGGUUUGUGAACAACCGCGAAAUCGAAGAGAAUCCGCGUGUGCACUCGCUCAUCCGCGAGGACGGUGUCGUGAAGCUAGUGAUCGAACAGGUGUUCCCCGACGACAAGGGAGUUUACACGGCGAAAGCCUCCAACCCGUCCGGUGAGGCGAAGUGUUUCUCGAAUCUGAUCGUGAAAUCGAUCAACGCGCCCGAGUUCGAAACAGUGCCGGCGUUCCUGAGCGACAGUGUCGUCUGUCCGACCUUCAAGCAGCUGUUUGCUGAUCGCACGGUGAAGUUGCAUGAAUCCACCAAGUUCGAGUGUAUCAUCGUGGGCAAGCCGCAGCCGAAGAUCAAGUGGUUCUUUAAUGAUCAGCCGGUGCACGGUCAUGACUUCCUCGUUUCGACCAGUGGGGAUCGACAGAUUCUCACAAUUCCGGAAGUUAUUCCCGAGCUUGCUGGGAAGAUUACGUGUUUUGCCGAAAACGAGGCUGGCAAUGCGCAAUGUGUGGCGCUGAUAAAACUGGCUGAUUCCGUGGGUGCGCCACUGCAACCGCUGGUUACGGCAGAAUCGAUGCUUCAAGUUGAUACCUCUGGAUCGUCCUUUGUGACGCUCCAGAAGCAGGUGACUACCUCGAGCUCGUCCUACUCCUCGUCGACGAUCGUGGAGAAUGGAGUUCCACAGUCUGAGGUGCAUUCGCAGUCCGCCCAUAUGGAUCGCUCUUUCAAGCAAAUCGGUGGACAGGCUCCGGAAAUAGCUGAGACGAAGCAAUUCGCACAAUUCCAUCAAUCAAACGACAUGCCACCAUCGAUCCAGCAGGAAACCUCGAUCAUCAACAUUGCCAACGAUAACACCACCAAAAUGCACGAGACCAUCAUUGCAAACUCUGGCCAAAUCAGCACCGGAAAGCCUGCUAGACGCAGCUCGGCACCACGCUUUGUAUCACCCUUCAACGGCAAGAUCGUCGAUCAAGGAGCCGAUGUAAUGUUCGAGGGUAUCAUCGAUGGUUACCCAGCGCCCGAAGUGAAAGUCACGAAGAACGAUGUCGAACUACAGCAAGACGGCGAACGGGUCAGCGUUUCCUACUCACUCAACAAGAUCGUAGUCGAGCUGAAAAACGUUUCAACCAACGACGCAGGACGUUACACCGCAACGGCAUCGAACGCAGCCGGUGCAUCAUCCACUACCGCCGAUUUAGUCGUCAAGAAGUCUAUCUUUCCACCGGUGUUCGGCAGACGGCUGCAAGCGCAGUGUGUCCGCCGUGGUGAUAGAGCUAUUCUCGACGUCGAAGUGUCCGGAACUCCCGAACCGACGAUAUCCUGGUUCAAGGACAACCGUCCGGUUCAGGAGGUACUCCGCCCGGGGAGCUACAACCUGCAGCAGGUUGGUCCAUCCUCGAAGUUGAUUUUCGAACAGAUCGAUCUGGGCGACGCCGGCAAGUACAUGGUGCUUGCGAAGAACACCGGCGGUGAAGCGCAAAGUAUCGCCGACAUUGCCGUGCUGGAGGCGGAACCCCAGCCGCAACCGCAACCCCAACCUCAACAGCCCCAAAAACACGUCUCGUUCGUGGACGUACCGCAACCGCAGCCACAGUCCGGUGAAAAGAGUGAAAGCAUUCCCGGUGAUUCUGGCUUCACCGCCCACCAAGAGUUCUCCGCCGAGGCUAAACUACAGGGUCCUAUCACAGAGUCCACUAUCGUGACAGAAACACGCCGCACAACUCAAGCAACUAUGCGGAUGGAGCACAAGACGAGCUUCCCCGAUCUACCGGUUACAUUUUCACAGCGCACACAGACAUCCGCGAUUCCGCUCGUAUCGGAAGGAACGAUGGCACAAUCCGACGUUCAAACAAGUGCCACCAAUACAGAGCGGGUAGCAACACGCACCGACUCUACACAAACACCAACACCGCUGCAACAGCCUCCUCUGUUACCACACAAAUCCGAGGCCACACAAACUCCACCCCAGGUGGAACCCAAGCCAACAGUGAUCAUCGCAGCACCAACAGAAGAACUCAGAACCGAAACCAAGCGGAGCGCAUUCCAGUUUUUCGAAAAGAUCACAACGAAUGGGACCUCGGAAUCAGCGGUGGCACCUCCACCGACGAUUCCCAAGCCCAAAUCGUUCAAACCGCUUAUCAAAACACCAGUCUCUAAUGAUCAAACGCACUCGUUGGUAGGUGAAGAAAAACUAACUUACCCCUCAUACACUCCCGGUCAAGAUGUAAACAAUCCACCCGAGCAUCCAUCCAUCAUCAGUAACACAAUCGAAACCAAAACAAUCACCACUAGUAGUAGUAGCCAUCAGUCUACGGAACAGGUUGAUUUUCUGAAGCCACGGGGUGUCACUGUUCCGACACCGCCAAUCUAUUGUCAAGAACCGCACCCACCGAUACACGAGGUUCACCAUCCUCCGAAGGCCAACCCGAUCCCUCUCCAGCAGAUACCAAAGAUAGUAGCUCAAGACACACCCAUCUACAGACCCCAAGCACACGCACCUCAUAUGGAGCGAGCUCGCAGUUCGUCUCCUAGACCAUCGGCGGAAGCCAUCGCAAUGGAGAAACUUUGGACCACUCCAAAACCUACCGACUUCGUCACCCUACCACGCCCCAAAUCAUCAUCUCUGUCACUUCGCAAGCCAUCACUAGAGGAUAGUAAAUGUUCCAUGACUCAAUCCGAAUUUCAGCCAGUGCAAAGUAACUUCUAUAGCCAACAACAACAGCAACAGCAGCAGCAGCAGAUGUAUUCGUCCUUCACGUCCACUCAUCAGUUCCAGUCGUCGGCUAUCUCGCAGCAACAAUACCAACAGUCGAUGCAGUAUCAACCAUUCAAACCCACAGAGCCGACUCCAGCGCCUGUGCAACCCGUACAAGCUCCGAAACCAACAUUCACCCCGGCUCCACCUCAACCAACCUUCUGUCCGGCACCACAACCCGUCCAACCACCCAUGUCGUUUGCUCCAGCUCCACAACCUGUCCAGGCACCCAAGUCCUUCGUCCCAGCUCCGCAAACGGUACCUCAACCGUUCAAACCAGCUCCACAAACCUUUACUCCCGCUCCCGCUCCUGCACCAGCCCCACAAGUCUUUGCUCCCGCUCCCGCUCCUGUACCAGCCUUUAUUCCCGCUCCGGCUCCUGCACCAGCCUUUGUUCCCUCUCCGGCUCCUGCACCAGCGCUAGUUCCGAAAUUCAAACCAGGUCCAGCUUCCUAUCCGGAACAACCUCCGAUACAUCACUCAUACGCCGCUACUCCCGUAACCAACCCAUUCACUGGACCUUCCUACAACACCACUCCGCAACCGUUCAAGGCACUCCCACCACCCUCGAUCACACCAAGUGCCGAGAACUUCUCCUCAACUCCACUCGAUUUCCAACCAAUCCAGCAAACCUUCACCCCGAUUCCUCCGACCUUCACUCCGAUUCCGCAAUCUUUCACUCCGGCCCCAGCUCUACCAACCUUCACUCCAACUCCUGCACCACCGACCUUUGCUCCAGCUCCGGCUCCCCUAACCUUUGCUCCCGCUCCGGCACCUGCUUCCCAACCCCAGGUCUACUACCAACCCCAACAACACGAGGUUGUUGAGCAAUCGCAGGAAAGCUACCAGAAGAAAACGGUCAAGGAAACCAAACAACUCUUCGAGCAGUCCAUCCAGCAGCAGGAGAUGUUCAACGAGCUGAAGGCUCCUCGUAUGGUCCAACAGAUGAUCCAUUCGCCCACAAAAACAAUGGCACUCCCGCCGGACUUCGGGUACAGCCCGGCGGAGAUGGGUCUCGAGCCGGGUCCGCAGCCCACCAUGGGUUACGCUCCGAAGCCCUCGAGCGAACGCAAGAGCUCCUACUAUCGUGAGAAGAUCGAACAGUCGCUGUUCGAGAGCAUGGAUAAAGUGCCGGAACGUGUUCCGGCUGGUGGUGUCAAGAUUAUCCCGCCGAGUCCGCGUAAAAAGUUGAGUACGGGACAGUCGGAUACCGCCGGGAUGACUCCUGCGUCGGUCGAGGUGCCAUCGGAUGCGACCGCCGGCCCGGGAAAGAGUCCGUUUACGGCGACCGAGAGCGAGUGCGAGAGCGACAUGGAUGUGAGCCGGAAGAUGAACGGCAUCAGUGGGUAUCUGGCCGAUACGGAGGAGGUCCAGAAGACGGUUACCUUCAGCGAGCAGAAGGUGGAGAGUUUCAGCAGCAGCAGCAAGAGCGAAAGCGUCGUGGUCAGCUCGUCGUCCGAAAUUGUGCAGCAGCAGGAGCAGAAGAUUGAAUCUAUCGAGUCAAAGGUUGACAAGGUUGAGGACACCGCUGCAGCAGCUGCAGCGACCGUGAGCAACGAUGUCACGCUCGAAACCCAACAGCAGAGCGAGCAGUCGGAGCAAGUGAUCACCGAAGAGGUCAAAAAGGAAACCGUAGUGACUGAGGAGGAAAGCGUACGUAACUUCCUCACCAACAACGAUCUGCCGGAAGAUUUACAGCCAGUGAAGGUGCUGCCAACGGAAGAGCCGCUGCCGGUGCUGAAGAAGGUUCCUCUCCCGCCAGCUAUUCAACCCGAGCCACAGCCAGAACCAGUGAUUGAGCCAGCUCCAGUUGUUCCGGAACCAACGAUCGCACCCGUCAUCGAAGCAGCACCGGUAUUCACGCCAGCUCCAGCCCCACAGCAGAACGGAUAUCAAUCGGCCAGCGAAUAUGAAAGCGAUUUCGAGAAGAAGGUCAACCCAGUGUGGCAACCAACUCAGACCGGCUCAACCGAGGCUUCCUACAAACCGGUUCACCCCGUGUUUAAUCCACCAAAAUCGCACGAGCCUGGUUCAGCUGCACCACCGCCAUCAGUAUUUGAUCCGAUCGACAAAAUUCAACCAACGACCCAAGCCCCCUUACCUAGCGAAACACCAAAGAUCGAAAAGCCCAAACCCAUCAGCUAUGCUCAAAGUCAGACUACAACGAAGUCCUUCCAGCAGCAGAGUUCAUCCUAUCAAUCCCAUCAGCAGCAGACCUAUCAAAUCCAACAACAACAACAACAACAACAACAACAACAACAACAACAACAACAACAACAACAACAACAUCAACAACAACAACAACAGCAACAGCAACAACAUCGGCAGCAGCAACAGUUCGUAUCGUUCCCGCCAGUGGAGCCAACGCCAGCUCUGUACUACACAUCGAUCACUGGCCAGCCAGUGCAUAACACCCUCGUAACGGAAACCUCAAACACUCUCCACAUGAAGGAAAUGUCCGAAAGCAGCAAUCGAACUGUUAACAUGUCACAAACUCAGCACGUCAUCAAACUGGAGUCCGACAAUCAGUACAUGAAUCAACAGCAACAACAGUCAUCCUUGAUCAGUCAGAAACCAGGUCGCUUCACCCCAGGAGAGUUCCGCGAGAGUGACUACGAAUCCGAUGGAUCCCGCAUUCGUCCCCUCUGGACGCCCCAUCCAUCGGACAGCGAUGAGCCACACUUCCGUAGCGUGCGACCCCAGUUCAAGCAGCCACGCUCCGCCAGCCUUCCUCGUUCCUGCGAACGCAUCCAAACCCCGAUGGAGUUCGAUACCGGUCCAGUGCUGAUGCCAUCGAAAAUCGAUACCAGCAGCGUGGCUGUGUCCACCACCCAGAACAUGGAAUCCGUCGAACAAACCCAGGUACUGCAGACUCAAACGCUCAACCGUCAGUCCUCGUUCAGCUCGAAACGGAUCGCUACCUCGCACGUGUCCAAUCUGCGUGACGAUAUGGCUGUGAAGGCACACAAAGUGGCCCCCCUCAAUUACAUCCAGAAGGCGACCAACCAAGCCGAAAGUAUGUCUCAAUCGUUCAAGACCAAGGCGUACCAUUUCACCAACGAAGUGAUGACAGAUAUGCGAAAGACGCCGAUCAAGCCGAUCCUGAAGAACGCCUACGGUCAACAGGUGCCGAUCACACCGGCUCCAGCUGCUGCCCAAGCUGUUGCCCAAUCAGCCGCCGCCACCGACAGCAACGCUCAGGCCUAUCGCGAAGAAUCGCGGGUGUCCCAAUACGGCACCAAACACGUCGAUCCGGACACCGGAAUCAUCUACUUCAAGUACGAUUUCGGGUACGAGUUUGGCAUAAUUUUCCCCGGCGAGGGUCACCGCAUUGUUGCCACCGGUGGCAACCGAAAGCAACAGCAUCAGGCGCACCAACAGCGGACUCCCGCUCUUGGCGCCACCAGCAAACAUCCCCUCUAUCUGAGUCCGUCCCCGUUCGGCCCAUCGGGAGCGCAUUCGCUCGAGGUACCGGUGAUUCACGAACGCACCAAAGACUACUACCGGAACUGUAGUCCCACGUUCCGGCGAUCGGCUUCCGUGCCGGCACCGGAUUUGCAGGCCAGCCGCUACCAGCGGUACAGCUACCCGAUGGGUGGCGCUCCUGGGCGCUCGGUGGACCCCGGUACAGGUAGUGGACGCUCGACGCCCCAUGUUGGAAGUUACAGAACCUCGUCCCGUUGCACCACUCCAGACCAAUCAGCUCAGGGCUACAACCGUUCCGCGACUAGCACACCGAAACACCCACAGGAACCGGCCAUCGCCACCAAGCAGCCGCUGUUCGUUGCGCCGCUGAAGGAUAUCGCCGUCGUCAGUGGACAGCCGGCGCGUUUCGAGUGCAUCGUCGCGUGCGAUGCGACGCCAUCGAUUCGCUGGACCAAAAACAACGUACCGAUCGACGAGAACGGUCAGAGAUACUUCCCGGAGUAUCGGAACGGUGUCUGCCGUCUUUCGCUUCCAGUUGCCUACGAGAGUGAUGCCGCUAAAUACUGCUGUGUGGCCGAGAACCAUAUCGGCCACUCGCAGACAUGCGCCGAUCUAACCGUGGUCGAUAGCAAUUGGAGAACAGCGUCCGCUGUAACGGACUUCUGAGCUCAGAGCUCGUCUCGCGGAAGGAACUAUCGGUAGAAAUUGUUCUGACACUCGACGGAUUACACGUCAUCCUCAUUCAUUGCUAGCCAAGAGAAAAGGAUCGAUCAGUCUAUUCGAAAAUCAACAAAAAAAAUCGUUAAAAUAAAAAAAAACGUUUAGGGAAAACAAAAUCGACACGCGGAUAACGCUAUCUACCACUUGGAGGAAAUGUCAAUAUCUAUCAGAGAAACGAAACAAAAGAAAUAUGUUUGCUUUUUAUUUUACUUGCAAGUUUUGUCUUUUAGCAACGAUUCCAAUAUGGAAAACGGUGAAAAGUUUGAUUUUCAAGAAACAACUUUUUAUGUAAAGUGUUGCUUUUAAUCGUUGUCUAUUUAGUGGUUUUACUAUUAUUUUUUCCUGUUUAUUUAUGAAUCAUUAGACAAUCGUAAGCUAUUUAUUUUAGUUUUAAAUAUUAUUCAGGACGCUGACAAAAAAAAUUAUCGAUUGAUGCUUGACAUAAAAUGAUUCAGCAGCUUGAUGCACUAAUUUUGGUGAAGUAUCACGAGAAUAAAAGAAAAACAAACAUUUGAAGAAUCGAAAAAUUAUGAAUAAAAACAGUACACAGACAGAAGCAUAUAAAAAAACGAUUUGAAAAUUGAACUUGCUUUCCCUCGCUGGCGAAAACUGAUAAUCUAUAAAUAAUCUUGAGGUGAAAUUCUAAAUGAGAAUGUGAAAUUUUUCCUAUUUUGUUGAACGCUAGCUUUAACGUUACCUACAUUUUGUCACACAAGCACACACAAACACACCCACUCACACCUAUACACAUUCACGCAUAUUAUUGUUCUUCUAUUAUUGCUAUAACAAAUUAUCCACGCUCGAAAUGAAUGAUUGGAACAGAAAUUUAUCGUUAUAUAUAUGUAAAUCUCUUCCGAAGCAUCAUGUAAACAGAUUGAUUUGAAUAAAUCGAAAUUAAAUAA